GAUUCCAAUCAGUACAUUCUGAAAACCAACCCCAUCACUCAUCAACACUCACCAAUGGCUUUGACUCACUGGUAUGUAUGUUAAGUCUCCUAACUCUCUCUCUCUCUCUCUCAUUCAUUCCCACCAAACCCUCAAACUGUCUAACAAGUUUCAGUUUUCUAAUUCAACAACUCUUCUUCUUAGUCUCCACCUAGUAUUACCCUUUCUAAAGCAAAUUCAACAACUUUCACAAACUGGGCAAAUUUAAGUUUGUUAGAGGGGAGGGAUAAUUUGUUAGCAACAGAGAUGGAACUAUGGACCUGAAUUUCGAUGCUCCUUCAUUGUCCCAACAUAUUUGUGGUUAGUUUGUUAGGGGGGGAGGGAGUUUGUGGUUAGUUUGUUAGGGGUAGAGGAAAUUUGUUAGUAGCAGAGAUCGAACUCUGCACCUCAUUCUCAAUACUCCUUCAGCGUCCCAACAUGCUUGAAUUGAAGCAUAGGCAUUGAUGUCAUUUAUCUGUGGACUUCCUAUACUUGAGUGUGUUUCUUGUUUGGCUUGUGCGCGUUGGGUUUGGAAAAAAUGUCUAUACACUGCAGGCUAUGAGAGUGAAAAUUGGGGCUUGGCUACUCUGGAAGAGUUUGAGCCUAUACCUCGGAUUUGUCGCACAAUCUUAGCAGUAUAUGAAGAUGAUAUUCGUAACCCUCAGUGGGCUCCUGAAGGAGGUUACGGCAUUAAUCCUGAUUGGAUUGUCCUGCGGAAGGACUACGGGGAUAACCAAGGUCGUGUUACUCCGUACAUGAUAUACCUUGAUCAUGAUCGUGCUGAAAUUAUACUGGCUGUUAGUGGACUUAAUUUAGGAAAGGAAAGUGAUUAUGCAGUUUUGCUUGAUAACAAACUGGGUCAGACGGAGUUUCACGGUGGAUAUGUACAUAACGGGUUAUUGAAGGCGGCGGCAUGGGUUUUUGAUGCGGAAUGUGAGGUUCUGAGGAAGCUAAUAGCAGAUAAUCCAACUUAUAUGCUCACAUUUAUUGGACAUUCGCUUGGGGCUGGUGUGGUGGCGUUAUUGACAAUGCUAGCGCUUCAUAAUCGCGACAAAUUGGGGAUACAGAGAGACAAGAUAAAAUGCUAUGCAAUUGCUCCUGCUCGAUGCAUGUCUCUCAAUUUGGCCGUAAGAUAUGCGGAUGUGAUCAACUCUAUCGUACUACAGGAUGAUUUUUUACCUCGGACAACCACUGGUCUGGAAAGCGCCUUCAAGUCACUUUUAUGUUGGCCUUGUUUAUUGUGUCUUAUGUGCUUAAAGGAUACUUUCAUUAUGGAGGAGAAGAAGCUUAGAGAUCCAAGGCGUUUGUACGCACCUGGUCGUCUCUAUCACAUUGUGGAGCGAAAGCCCUUCAGGUUUGGAAGAUUUCCACCUGUUGUUAGGACUGCAGUACCUGUUGAUGGGAGGUUUGAUCAUAUAGUUCUUUCUUGCAAUGCAACUGCUGACCAUGCCAUCCUUUGGAUAGAGAGCGAAUCGCGACGGGCUCUCGACUUAAUGCUCGAGAAAGAUCAGCAUACAAAGAUUCCACCUGAGCAGAAGAUGGUGAGGCAAGAAUCACUAGCUCGCGAACACAGUGAAGAGUACCGUGCAGCCCUUCAGAGAGCCGUUGCUUUGGAUAUUCCUCGAGCAUAUUCACCUUCCUCGUAUGGAACAUUCCACGAAAUUGAUGUUGAGGAAGAUUCUGAAAAAUCUAGUGGAAAAGGCUCUUCCUUGUCUCAUAAGAAACGAUCGGAGAGUUGGAAUGAAUUUGUCGAACACAUGUUUGAUGUUGACGACACAGGUCAUAUGGUGUUUAAGAAGACAACUCUUUAAAAUAUUUAUUUUUUAUCAAAGCUUAAUAGAGCAUUAUUUGGUUCUAUUUGUGGCCAAAAGUAAAAAUUCAUUGAUUUGCAUUAAGCACCUGUUUUAGUUCAGUGAUGUUUUGUUGUGAUGCUCUAUUUAGCUUGGCCACCUUGUGAAUAUUAUAAUUUAGAGCCUAUUUGGAUUGACUUCUAAGGAAGUAUUUAUAGAAAGAGAAAUAUGAUAAGAGUUUUGCAGAUAACUCUAAAUUUUUAAACA